AUGCGCCCAGGGGAGCUGCCGUGGGGGGACAGCCUCUCCUGCCGGAUGGGGCCUUCGGAGGUGGCGAUCCCUGAGGCAGGGCGCAGUGCGGCAGCCGUGGCACGGUGGGAGCCUCGUUUUCACCGGCUCUACCCGCAGGACCGGAUCCCUGCAGCUCCCCUGCCAGCAGGGCCAGGACGUGCCUCAGGAAUCUGCGUGCUCCCCAGGUCCCCGGGCAUUCUGGGGCCGCUGCUUCCAGCGUCUGAGCUCCAGCACCGUGUGAGCUCCGAGAGACCAGCCCCGCGCACGACGGUCAGGGUGCACCCUCCCGCCCUGCCGACUGUCCCAGCGCCGGGGCCAGGGUGCGCAGGGCCUUGUGCACGCCCGGCUCGGACACAUCAUCUUUGUAUUCCAUCUCUUUCCGCCGCGCCGUGUCUCCGGGAAGCGUUUACCGCCCUAGUGACCCAAGAGAGGGUGAGGGAAAGGGAGCGGUUCCGGGCGGGUGUCACGCAGGCUCGGGUGAAUGCGCAUGCGCCCGGUAGAGGCGGCCCUGCGCGCUUGCCGUACGCGGCUUCCGGGACGCGCCCGGGGCUGCUCCGCUGUAGAAGGUAUGUACUGCUCCGCGCGGGCUCGCUGAGGAGCUCGGCUUCGCGGACCGAGCGGGCGGCGACUCGGCAGAACCGCAGCGCGCUGCAGCCCUCCCCACCAGCCCGCCCUGGCCAGGCUCUUAGUGCAUCCAGGAUCCUGAGCUGCUAGGAGUCUGGCCACUCCCGCCCGGAGCCCUGCCUUGGCUGAGCUAGUCACCGCUGCAUGUCCUGGGCUGCCAGCCUGCCUGUCAUCUGCAGUGCACAGGUAUGCAUGUGUUUGCAUAUGUAUAUGCACCACACACAUACUAUGCCCACCUUACACUGCACACGUACCAUGCCCACCUCACACACCCUGCAUACUGAACCCAUAUACAUCAGACACACUACACACAUAUCUGCCUCACACACCACACACAUACCAUGCCCACCUCACACACACCACAGACGUACCCUAUGCCCACCACACAGA